AUGUCUGUCGAUCAAGGUUCAAGAUCUGUUAACGAAAAUGUCAUAAACUCAAUCACUCCCCACAACCCAAUUAAUUGCACCGGCAACCUUAACUCUUCCGACGAUUCUGUGAACGAAGAACGUUCUAAUCCGCCUAAUGAAGAGUUAAAAAAUAUCGGAAAAAGAAAUUUGAAUAUAAAUUCGAAUCAAAAUAAUUGCACCAAUAAUCUUAAAGUUACUUCAAAUGAUUUUAUAAGAGCAGAAAGUUUGGAUGCCAUUUUAGACAUAUAUGAUGAUCUGGACCUUUGUAACAAAAUUUCCAAUUUUUAUCGUUUAAUUGAUUUGUGCAAAGCAACUGACAAGAUCACCAUAUCCCAAGAAUUCUUGAGGAAACUUUGCAACGAUAUGGUACCAAACAGCUUUAAAUCAAUUUCUGAAAUUAAUUACUCUUCUUUGAAUUCGAGAUCACUUGGCUUUGUCGGAAUUUAUGGAAAUCGUGAAACUAUCGCAAGAUAUUUACUAAAAAAGAAUGCGAUCGAUGAAAGAAUUCAUGAUCUGCUUAUGACGAAUGAUGAUGAGAAUUCCGGAUCAAUGUGUCCCCAUCUCAAACCUGGAAUUUAUCUCCUAGUUGAAAAUGAAUAUGGUUUUGUUAUUCAUUGGCCUGAAAAAG